AUGACUUCUUCUUCCCUCGUAUGGGCACAACAGUCCUUACGUUCCAGUUCUUUCAUUCAGGCCAUUGAUGCUGCUACUUCCGUUUACAUUGCUUCUCAGGAGUGGAAAGAUUAUUUGGUAUCAUUCAAUAUUGUCUUUCCGGUACCUUCUUGCACAACGACGAGUGCGAACGAUUUUCCAGCGACUUUGGACUUGCUCAAGAAUGGAACGACACGAGUGCCCGUAUUGAAUUUGUGUUAUGAACAUAAUGCAUUACAUCCGUGGCCACUCAUUCAUCAAAAGGCAGGACAGUUAUUGGUUUCCACUUUGAAGAAUCAAUAUAAAAUUCAGGAUUUGGUCGCCAAUUUCACAACAGUGAAUACGACCUUGUUGGGAUACUUUAACUCAUUAAAGGCUGCUGUGGACUCGGGUGAAUGUGAUGUCAUCAUUGCCUCCACGAAUUGGGAUAAUUCAAGAUUGAGUCAAGCGCAUUUUCAAUGUGCCUAUGGAACAAGCUUCAAUGGCUAUUUACGUUCUGCACUCGAUGCUGACACUAUCAAAGUGACAUCCGUGAAUGACCUUAAUCAACCUGGUGUUAAAGUUGCUGUUUACAAGGCCACAACUUAUGAUCAAUAUGCCACUGCCAAUUUGGCCAAAGCAGAAAUUGUCCGUUUCUCAGGGGGAUAUUACGAAGCUUGGCCCAUGAUUCUCAAUAAUCAAGUUCAUGCUAUGAUUACAGAUGCUGCUGAUUUAUUCUCGUGGUUGGCAGCAAAUAAGGCUAAUUGCUCUUCUUGCAAAGUAGAUGUGUUUGGAAAUCAAUUUUCAUUUGGAAGUUUCACCACAAGCAAAAUUGUGAAAUCACUUGGUAGCUCUGUUGUUAUUAAUUUUACAUACAUUUUCCUAUUGAUGAUGAGUGCAAUUAUGUUCAUGUGUUAA